UCCGACUUCCCCGCAGCCGCCCUGACCUGCGUGGUUGAAGGCGCUAGCCGACCUGGAACGACGCAGACGGCCGCUGGUUUAUAACGCAUCUGUAUUCCCGCGAAUAAGGGAACCGUCGGGACAAACACCGAUUAGCUGAAUUCCCGAGAGACUCGCUGCCAUGGAUUGCAUGGCCUCACUGGACCACUACAAGGCCGGGAUGGUUCUGAGCGGGGUGGGCGAUGCUCUGGGCUUCAGGAACGAGAUGUGGGAGUUCAAUAAAUCUGGACCUGCCAUUCACAAGGAGCUGCAGCAGCUGGGAGGUCUGAAGAACAUCAAGGUCAAACUUCCUGACUGGCCAGUGAGCGAUGACACUGUUCUGCAUCUGGCCACAGCAGAAGGACUGGCCACAGGAAAGGCUGGUGAAGAUUUGCUGCAUGAAGUGGCGGCUCGCUACAUGGAAGCAAUGAAGGACAUGGAGGGCAGGGCACCAGGACGCGCAUGUUCCCUCGGAAUCUCUCGGCUGAGACCUGGAGAGGAGGGAGGCUUCAGAGUUCCCUACAACCCUCGAGGCACAGGCUGUGGAGCAGCAAUGAGGUCAAUGUGCAUCGGCCUGAGGUAUCCAAAGCCUGACCAGCUGUCCACGCUAGUGGAGGUUGCCGUGGAGACGGGCAGGAUGACACACCCUCACCCGACUGGGUUCCUCGGUGCAGUAGCCGCAGCACUUUUCGCUGCGUACGCGGUGCAGCGUCGGCCGAUGACCACCUGGGGCCUGGGCCUGAUCAACGAGGCGUGUCCGAUAGCAAGGAGCUUCGUUCAGGGUCGAGGCUUCGCUGUAGAGGAGACAGAGAGAGACUGGAACUUCUUCUGUGACAAGUGGCAGUGGUACCUGGAUUCCAGAGGCAUCUCUAAUGGAGUGGGCCCAGUGUCAUGGCCAGAGUCCUACGGUCCAGCAGAGAGAGACAUGGUCUACAGUACCUACAGUCUGUUCGGCUGGGCAGGAGACAGUGGCCAUGACGCUCCCAUGAUCGCUCUGGAUGCUCUGCUGGGGGCUGGAUCAGACUGGGAGGAGCUGAUGAGCCGAGCUGCUUUCCAUGGAGGUGACAGUGACAGCACUGCUGUGAUCGCCGCCUGCUGCUGGGGGCUUCUCUAUGGCACAAAGGGCGUACCUAAAGGAAACUUCUCCAGUGUGGAGUACCGGGAGAGACUGGAGCGCUGUGCGGAGCAGCUGUAUGUCCUGUCACACUGACUGGCCUCACAGGGGCCAAACAAGGCCACACGCUCAGAGCCAGUGACGUGUUUGUUUGAUGCCUCAGUAGAACAUCGAUCCUGAGUGGUGAUGUCAGAGUACCUUCUGACCCCAGAGGUUAUGGCUCUAGUGACUAAGCAGCAGCAUAACACGGCAGUCUAAAACUUAACUCCUAAAAAGAUUCAACUCCAAUCUGCACGUGCGGCAAAUGUUAAAAUCGUACAAGUGCACUUGUAGACGCAAUGUUGGUAAUAAAAACGGAUAACAUAAAUAAAAAAUAUUUUUGGUCA